UCUCGUCCUCCCUUCACGAUGAAAAGCCUCCACACCGCCAUUUCUGCACUCAUUCUCAGUAUAUCGCUCGCAUCAGCGAACCCAAAUCCGGUUCUUUCUGGCCACCGUCGUGGCGACGAAUUCCCAUUCAUCCACGUCCCGUUUGCCCAUGCCUCCGACUACACAUCCGGCAAGGUGCAUAUGUCGUUGAUGAAUGCUAUGACCGCCGUCGUCGAGUCCAUUAGGCAAGAUAUCGUGCAUAGCACUGGUAUUUUCGACCCCAUGCUCGGUCUCUCCGCAAUCAAGGAAUUCACCCCCUGCGUCGACGGCUACGCUGGCUCGCAAAAGAACAACACCUACAUGUGCAAGAAUGCAGACUUGCACUCGUUUACUCCUCACAGAGAGCUGGGCAGCACUGCCCAGGUCGGCAACGACAUAUGGGGCUGGGCAUAUACGGACGAGGAAGGAAAGACAAGAGAGUUUGGCUUGGUUGGCCAGAUGGAUGGAACUGCGUUUGUCGAAGUUCUCCCAACGGGCCAAAUUGCGUAUCUGGGUCGACUGCCCACCCAGACGGAGAACAGCGGCUGGAGAGACAUCAAGACGAUCGGGCAUUAUGCUUACAUUGGCAGCGAGGCAGAUGGCCAUGGAAUUCAAGUUUUCGACCUUGACAAGCUACUUGACCCUGUGUUACUCCAAGAGCCAAAGGAGUUCAGCAUUGAAACCGACCUCACUGCCCAUUACGACGGUCUUCCUCAAGGUUCUUCGCACAACGUGGUUGCCCAUGCCGACAAGAACCUUAUCGUUGCUGUUGGAGCAAAGCCCCGCCUUCAUGACUGCGGCGCGGGGCUUAUCUUUGUCGAUGUGUCAGACCCAUCGAAGCCGACUACAAUUGGCUGCGCCGGCGAAGAUGGUUAUGUGCAUGAUGCUCAAUGCCUGACAUAUUACGGUCCCGACCGCAACUACAAUGGCUCCGAUAUCUGCUACUCGUUCAAUGAGGAUACAUUCACUAUCUACGAUAUCACUGAUGUUUCGCGCCCCGUCAUCAUAUCGGCAACAUUCUACCAUGGCGUUGCGUACGCUCAUCAAGGCUGGGUCUUUGACGAGAAGGACCAGUCUUACCUGUUCCUCAACGACGAGAUGGACGAAAUGUUCACGCGCGGGUGGGCCACCGACCAGAAGACUACCACAUAUAUUUGGGACAUCAAGGACCUUUCUGCACCGAAGCUGGCCGGCCACUACAAGUCACCCGUGCGCGCCAUCGACCAUAACCUCUAUGUUCAUAAGGGCCUCAUCUACGAGAGCAACUACAAGAGCGGCCUCCGCGUUGUUGAUGCAUCCAUGAUCGCGGAAGAUGCUUCUGGCAAGAGCUUCUUCGAGACCGCGUUCUUCGAUGUCCAUCCCGAAGACGACGCGAUUGGCGGGGAAGCAGUAUUUGGCGGGGCGUGGUCAGCUUACCCGUACUUUGAGAGUGGGCACAUUAUCGUAAACACUCUGGAGCGUGGGUUGUUUGUCGUCAAGUUGACGGUAUAA